GCACAUCCGCUAAACAAAAGGGAUGCCGGCUCUGUGGACAAACAGCUACUACCUUGACAGAGUAAUAGCCAGUACUUGGAUAAACAACGAGAGCAAACGGUGAAAUGUUGAAUUUAGACCACUUGAAUACUUUCAACAUGAAUUUGGGAUAAGUUUCCAGAACCUGUGGACAUAUUGUAGCGGUUGUUUCCUGCAUGUGAAAAAAAUAUGUGGAUAACUCUCGGUUGCUAUAGCGGAUGAUGUCCCAAAAUGAACACAGAUUUACAGAAGCAACUCCAAGUUCCCCGACCAAAGAUCCGGAGUCACUUAACGAUCAAGGUGCAGUCCAAACUGAUGUCAAAGCCUUGUCCCUCUACCCGGGGUCCCAAACCUCCCACCGCUCCAAAGCCCAGACCCUCCUCAUCUGAGACAGAGGCAGAGGAGGAGCAAUGCCCCCCUCACUGUCUGAGAAAUGGAGACUUGACCUCCUCAGAGGGGGAACCUGAGGACCACCAGGAAGGGUCAGAGGACCCCAUACCCCACUCCACAGAUCACAGCCAGGAGGAAGCAGCACCAGAGGAAAUCCUUAAUGACAAUGACAUCACAGAUUAUAGUGAGAAGGAGAAUGAGCAGGAGGAGAAGGGGGAUGAGGUAGAGCGAGCGAGAGAGACGUUGAGCAAUGCAUCCGAAAUGGAAAACACUAGUGCAUCUGACACUCACAUUGCUGUAGAGGAGCAAAAAUGUACAGCAAUAGAUGACUUGAACCCACCUGAGAGUGACAAUGAUGGCACAUCUGUGGACCCUGAAAAUCAUCCAGAGUGUGACAAUGUGUUUCUGUGUGAGAGAGGAGAUGAGGAAGGAGGGGGAAUCAAAGAGGAGGAGGAAGAUAAUCAGAGUUUAACUGAGGAGACUGAAACAUCUGAGGAACCUAUAGGGUACCCAGAAGAAGAUGUUGAAGAACCAGAAGAUCAUGGUACCACCCCUAGUCAGCCUGCUGCAGACACUGACAGUGGGCUUGAAAAGGAAGUCAGCGCCCCUGGUGGUGAAUAUUUGCAGUGCAAGUUACCCACUGAUGAGGCUGAAGAGGAAGCCGAGGAUCUCUUACUGGGAGCACGAUGCUGUACACUCCCACCCGUCGGCGAGGAGUAUCCCUAUGAUGUGAUUGGCCCCUCAGAUGAGCCUGUUUACACAUGUGACACUGGUGAGGCCGGUGACACAGGUGUGUGGCAGCCUGAGCGUGCCACCAAGGACCCCUCUGGCCAUUUCCGUUUCUCUGGCAGCACUGAGGAUGUGUUUGGGCCUUACUCCGUCAUCGAGGCAGUGCCUGCUAAUAGGAUGAGCACCGCUGACCCUGAGGUGAAUCACGAUGGUACAUGCUGUGGUGACAAACCACAAACUGCAAAGGAGAUGGACACAGCAGGCACCUCUAACCAAGAGCCUUAUUAUGUGUCAUCGGACGAUGUGGCAGAGCUAGAGGAUAAACGGAGAGAGAGUGAGGUCCAGGACAGUCCUGAACAGUCCAGCCAAUACAGAGAAACAGCCAAGGAGGAUGUGGAUGAAUACGCAGACAUCGAUGACUCCCUCUGCCCCGAGGCCCAUGACUUUCAGCAGCUGGAGGGUGCCUCAUCAGAAGACUAUGUGGAGAUUGGGGACGAUGAUGAGACGGAUGACACGGAGAGGAAGCAGAUCAGAGGGAGGAGUGUGAAAAAGAGAACAGCCAAGCGGGAGCAGGCUUUCUUCAGCCAGCGGAACAGCUGCCAGCCCCGUCUCAGGCUGUGUAACAUCACAGUGCCAGCAGACCUGGACCGGACACGGACCCCAGAGCUCACCAACAGGGUGGUGUUCGCCCACACCACAGAGGCCUUCGAGGAGGACAUUGAGGAGAUGGACUGCCACAUCGUACCUUAUCACGAGGACUCAGACUCAGACAGCGAGGAGCACAUCUAUGAGGAGGCCGGCUUUGACUCUGAGGGAGAGAACUUUAUCUCUCUGGACCGGAAGAGCAUUGUGACACGGUCACGCUCUUACUCUGGGAAGAUUUCGGGUUAUGUCCCUGAGACGGUUCCUGAGGAGACAUCAGAGUACCAGAGUACUUAUGACUACUGUACUGUGGCCUUAGACCAGAACGGAGAACCUCUGCGACGUCCUGAGCAGCCUGAGGUCAACAGACUCAUCCCCUCGCUGAAGCCACGCCACUUCCUACUAUACCCACACUCGUACUCCGCAGAGGGUCGAGAACUGUCAUUGGGAGCUCACACAGAGGCCAACCAAUCACUGAAGGAGGAUCGUAGGAUGAAAAGGACAGAUGACACCCUCUCUCUGCCAUGUGUUAUCACUUCUUCCGGAAGCUUCUCUAAGCGGAGCCACCAGUCGUCCAGCGACGUUUCCACGCCAACCUCUCUGGUGGACAUCCCACCUCCCUUUGAGCUGGCUUACAUCACCAAGAGACCGGUCACUAAGAGCUCCCCAUCCCUCCUGAUCAGCGUCUCUCCUGAGUCCACAGACAACAAGCACAAGAAGAAGAAGUCCUCAUUCAAGCGCUUCCUGGCCCUGAAGUUCAAGAGGAAGACGGACACUAAAGGCUUUGGUGACGGGAGCAUACGUUCCUCGCGCUCCUCCUCUGAGUCCAGCCACCAUGGCCCAACGAGAAUCCUGGAACUGGAGCGCAGGAGCACUGGCUCCCCUCAGCCCCAGUCCCAGUCCCGUAUGGUGAAGCCCCAGCAGCGCCCUCCAGACCUUCCCUCCACCUUCCUGCUCUACAAAGACCUCAGGAAAGAAGACCCUAAAGCCUAUGGUAGCAGGGGCGUGUCCAGGGUGGAGUCCUUCGAGGAGCGCUCCCGCCGCCCCCUCAUGCCUCUCCCCCUGACCAAACCUCGCUCCAUCUCCUUCCCCAGUGCAGACACUUCUGACUAUGAGAACAUCCCAGCUAUGAGCUCUGACUAUGAGAACAUCCAGAUCCAUCCUGGAGGGAGACCCACCAGAUCCAUGAAAGUCACAGAUUUCUUUGAGGACCCCAAACGCAUGGCGGCACCCUCCAAUGAGACCGAUGGCUAUGUGGAUAUGAACAGCUUCCCUGGGAUCGACAGCAAACCCCAGUCACCUGAGCAGGAGCCUGAAAGUGCCUACACUGAGCCUUUCCCAUUGAAUGAUACUCCAGCAGGGCUUUCAGCUGAAGAGGACCAUGGACGCACCUCAGAGGAGGAGGAGGAGGAGGGAGGAGUGGAGCAUGGCUUUGACAAACAGAUUGAUGGACGAUCCAGAGCCUUCUACGUCGCCAAAGAGCUGGUGGAUUCUGAGAGACUACAUGUAAAGGCCCUUAAGCUCCUUCAAGAGGACUUCAGGGCAGCAGUGUCGGAGGCGGUGGGGGAGGAUGGGGAACCUGUGGUGGAGGAACAGAGGCUGGGGGAGAUACUGGGCAUGCUCCCUGAGGUCUACACACUCCACAGCAACAUCCUCACUGAGCUGGACUCACGCAUCAGACAGUGGGAGGAGAGCCAGCGGGUGGUGGAUGUGAUCCUGUCUCAUCGGGAGGAGUUUGCUGGGUUUGCUACCUACAUAUCUGAGUAUGACCGGAGCAUGUCCCUACUGGCAGAGAGCUGCAAACUCAACCCUGCCUUUCAUGACAUUGUCAAGCAGUUUGAGAAGCAAGGUCCAGAUGGAGUUCAGGUCCAAUUGAAGCACCAGCUGCUGCAGGUCAUUGUGAGAGUCCUCCAGUACCGCAUGUUGCUCACAGAUUACUUAAACAACCUCUCCCCUGAUUCUACAGAAUAUGAGGAUACACAAGCUGCCUUAGUCAUCGUUUCAGAGGUGGCAGACCAGGCUAAUGAAAAUCUCAAGCAAGGGGAGAACUUGCUGCGGCUGGUCCACAUUGAGUACAGUGUCAGAGGCAAGAGAGAUCUACUCAAGCCAGGAAGGGUGUUUGUGAAGGAAGGCACUCUAAUGAAAGUUUCGAGGAAAAGUAGACAGCCCAGACACCUGUUUCUGAUGAAUGAUGUGAUGUUGUACACCUAUCCUCAGCAGGAUGGUAAAUACAGGCUGAAGAACACUCUCUAUCUGUCUGGGAUGAAGGUCAGUAUACCCGUCAUAGACAACAUGCUCAAUGCCCUGAGGAUCGAGGUAUCUGAUGUCAGCAUCACCUUGUCAGCCAGCUCCUGUGGUGAGAGGGAGGACUGGUUCCACACGCUGAGUCGGGCCAUAGCAGACCAUGCUGCAGGCCUGUGUACCUUCGGUGGCCCCUGCAGUGAGGCACGUGAGAAGCUGUGGAUGGCCCUGGGGGAGGCUGCUCCAGUGCUGGUGCCCGUGACUCAUGUGAUGAUGUGUAUGAGCUGUACCUCCGACUUCAGCCUAACCCUGAGACGCCACCACUGCAACGCCUGUGGGAAGGUGGUGUGUCGUGCCUGCUCCAGGAACAGGUAUCCUCUGAAAUACCUCAAAGACAGGAUGGCCAAAGUGUGUGACCACUGCUACGCUGAGCUCAGGAAGAGAGGUGGCAGUAUCUCAGGGGCGUGUGGCAACUCCAGCCCCUGCCCCCAGCGGGCCAGCCGGCCCCUCUCAGCUGUUUUCCAGAGCUUCCAGCCCCCAAGCCUGUGGAGGAGCAGGAAGAGCACCUCUUCACUCAACCAGGUAGAGUUGGGGGCUGAGGGCUCGGCUGUGAGUGGCAGCCUGCAGCGCCGUAAGAAGAGCAAGAGGAAGUGGAAGAGGCUGUGGUUUCUCCUCAAAGACAAGGUGCUCUACACCUUCACAGCACGUGAGGACAAGAUGGCAUCUGAGAGUCUGCCCCUGCAGGGUUUCACAGUGAAGCUGACAGAGAGGCCGGAGGGAGAGGAGAGCUCCAACGUGUUUCAGCUCUACCACAACAAGACACUAUACUAUACCUUUAGAGCAGACGAUCAGCAUACUGCCCGCAGGUGGGUCAAUGCCAUGGAGGAGGCCACAGUGUUAUAACACCUACCUGUCUGCACAGACCGACCCUGCUGUGCAUUGCCUAUCAACCCACUCUCUCUUUCCUGGUUUAUAGCUGUCCCUCACCAUGCCUAAAUGGAAUUAAUAUGAAGACUUAUUUUCUCUUGAAGGAAAUUGAAUAUCAUUCAUCCUUUUGCUACACUGGAUAAAUUCUCACUCUGGGAAAAUGAGUGUCUCUGCGCAAACGCAUCCUUGACAAGGCUGCCAUCUACAGGCAGAAAGGCGUACAUGCAGACUCUGUGUGGCGCAAACGUCCAAGAGUGAGUCUCUUAAGGUGAAAACCUCUCAGUCAAGGAUACUCAGACUGGGUCAGUUCCAAACUCACUGCAGGACUUUGUUUGGGUCAGCAGUGGCGACUUGAACAGGACCCCGAAGUUGGCACUGCGUGCCGAAACGUUGGUUACUAGACCCGUUAAAUGUUUGGGAGCAUAAUAAAAGUGUGCGACUUUCUUUCUUUAUUUUUACACAAAUCUUCUGAGGAAAUAGACAGAACCAGCUCAAAACACACAGGUCCCCGUGUCAACAGACCACAACUGCAUGCCACAACAUGCCACAACUGAAAACUCAUAGACAAUGUAUAUCAACAUUUUUCAUUGACAGCCUCCAGUGCCCAUUCACACACUUAUCUUUUCAGACACUCUUUUUCUACCAUGAACUUGUACAUGGAACAACUUUGUAUGGGUUCUGUUUUGGAUAGUGCAGACUGCUGUACAAACAAUACCAAAUCAGUAUGCUGCCCUACAGAGGCAAAACGCUGUAACUACGUAAUAAAAAAAAUGGCAAAAUCAGACUUCAAAGUCAUUUUCUGUCUAGACAGACUGCAAUUUCUGAUACUCCAUGAUAUAUUCUGAUCAACUGGCUUGUUCUUGUGUCAGGAAACGAAAUAACACCUUCAUAAGAUAAUAUACCUGGUCAUUAAAACAGAUCAAAGAUUUUUGAACAAAAUUCGUAGUUACUGUGUUUUGCAUUUGUAGGGCAGUAUGAACAGCUUUGGUAUUGUAUGGAGACGUUUAUGUGCUGUAAGAGAUGCCUCAUAUUUUAAAUAUAGUGUAAUAUUCAAUUCACACAUUUUGAAGUGAGGUAUAAGAAGUAUUUGUACAGAAAUGUUAUUAUAUGAUGUUACAGGCGAAAGCCAUUUUAUUCAUUAUAUCUUGUCCAAUGUACUCUCUGUAAACAUACUUAUUUUACACCACAGGUUUACUCCUGUGUGUAAUAACAAUGACAGAAUGUGAAAUGUUACAGACAGUUUUAGUAUUAUUCAACAAAAGAUCUGCUUGAAGUAUAUUUCAUAGCUGAAUGUAUAGUUUUAAACCUUUUUGAAAGGGUGGUUACAUUUUUGAAGUGCCAACAGUUUCCAUUUGAAUGCCGUGCCAUGUGUUAUGGAUAAGAUAAUGUGCAUAUAUAAAAUGAUAGUCUUUAUGGCAAUGGCUGAAAAAUAAAUGGUAAAACAAAUAAAUAAAUAUACAGUGGGGAAAAAAUGU